GGCCGGCUUGCGGGCGGGUCUUCCGUGUGUCGCGGUCGCUGUUACUGCCGCGCUACCUUUGCGGCUCUGGAGCUACGCUGUCGGCGUUGGCGGCGCGAGGGAAGGGAAGGGACCUGCGGGGCGUGUGUGUGCGCGCGCGAGGGGCGCCUCGGUGCUAGCAGUUCCCCUCGCGCGGGGUGGGCGGCCAAGGUGAGCAGCAGUCGGCGAGGCCCUGGACGGCGCCAUGUCGGCGGGCGGCCCAUGCCCGGCGGGAGCCGGCAGCGGCCCAGGGGGUGCCUCCUGCCCUGUGGGGGUCUCCCCUGGUGGAGUGUCCAUGUUUCGGUGGCUUGAAGUGCUCGAGAAGGAGUUCGACAAGGCCUUUGUGGAUGUGGAUCUUCUUCUGGGCGAGAUCGAUCCGGACCAGGCGGACAUCACUUAUGAGGGGCGUCAGAAGAUGACCAGCCUUAGCUCCUGCUUUGCGCAGCUUUGCCACAAAGCCCAGACUGUGUCUCAGAUCAACCACAAGCUUGAGGCCCAGUUGGUGGAUCUGCGGUCUGAACUGGCUGAGACUCAGGCAGAAAGUUGUCCUGGAGAAGGAACCACGACCAGCUCCUCCAGCUCAUUCACUCAGCUUCAACUUCAUGCCAAGACAGCCCAAGCGUUGACUCUGGUGCCAUUAAGGCCAAGGUGCUUUCACACUGGCGCGUUGGACUCGACUUCGCACUCAAAUCCUCCUGAGGACCUCAUCGCCUGA